UCGAAAACUUUUCAUAUUAAUUCGAAGUUUUCGAAAAUUUUCGGCGCGGAUUGUUUAUUUGUGUAUACUGUAAUUAUUGCUUAUUUAUUCCUUAAUUUAUUGUAAUCUUGAUUGCAAAUACAUCACAAAUCAAUUGUCACUUAAAAUAUUGUGAAUUGAAAGUAUUUCACGCAAUAUUUCGUAAGAUUGAAGCAUCUGAAAUUGUCCUUGAUUUUUUUUACCUGUGGAUAACAUUAAAAGACCCUUUUGAUCAAGUUUUGAAUAAUUAAAAUGCGGCCUCGAAGAGCUGCGUCGCAAAAAGUUCAACAACAGCAACAGAAAGAAAUCGAAGAAGAUGAUGAAGAUGAACUUAAUCUUUCCGAAGCAAGUUCUGGAGAUUUUUCAAGUCAAAGUUCCGACGAUUGGGAUCCGACAAAACUGAGAGAAAACAAAGAUAAUUUUGCAGAUUCUGAGUCGGAAGAUAUUGUAUCUGAAGUAGAGGAAGAAGCAGAACAAAGUUUUGAAGAAUCAUUGCUAAGGAAAGCUAAAAUCCGAAAACGCAAUCCAAUAGCUUCGCUUCGUGGUACAACAAGUAACAAAUUCAAACCAAAUCGCUCACAAAAUGGUUCUAAUGCGAACAUUCGAAGCAUUUUGCAAAAAGCUGAAUACCAAAAGAAAAAAAGUAUUUUCGAUGAAACUCAAGAAAGCGAAGAAGUUCCUGAAUUUGAUUGUUCAGGUGGAUUGAGAUUAUCAGAUUCAGAUGAUUCUGACUAUGACGGUCCAUCCACAUCAGCAGCUGCUUUAGAAAUGAUUAAACCAAAAACUUCAGCUCUCAUUAACAACAUCAAUCAAGCGUCUGGCAGCAAAAUGGUUGACUUAAAAUCCAUUCAUGACAAUUUGAAGCAAAUGGAAGAUGUCAAAGCAAAACUUAUUAAUUACAAAAAUUCAAAAUCAACAUCACAAAAGAAUUCGAAUGAUAAACAAAACGUUGCUGAUUUACUAGCGAUGGGUGAAGCAGCUUCAGAUGAUAAAUCACAAACGAAAUCCAAGAAAUCAUCACAAAAACGUAAUCGACAUGCAGCAGAUGAUUCUGAAAGUGAUGGAUGGGAAGAAGUUGAAGACGAUGGCGAAUCUCGAGAAUACAAAGUUCCAAAGCAUGGAGUUGAAAUCGUUUUAAAUGACAUGAAUCAACAGGAAGGGAAGAAGAAAGAAACGAAACCAGUUGAUUUUGAGGCACAAAUGAAAAGAAAGCUCAACAGAAGACGUAAAGAAUUUCAAGUUGAUCUGCACAAAGUCAAUUUAAUGCUUUGGAUUGGACAUGGAAAUUUCAUUAACAGAAGAAUCAACGACACAAAUUUGCUGGCCAAUGCACUUCAAUUACUUCCAAAGAAUAAAAAUCAUUGCUAUCCUAAAGAUAAAACAGAUUUGGAUUAUUUCCAACAAAUCACAAAUUGGUUCAAAUCAACAAUUGGUUUGAAAAACCGAGAAAUGUAUUGCAACUUCAAGCCACGUCCACCAAUUAUGAUGAGUCUUGCACUGCAAAUGAAAUUUAAAGCAGCAAUUUGUCGUCGUGAUUUUGUUUUGAUAUUUGCAAUUAUUCUCCGUGCUAUUGGCAUUCAAUGCCGCAUUGUCUCAUCGCUUGUACUUGCUCCAAUUUAUCCACCGAAAUCAGAUCUGUUAAGUUUAUCAGGGAAGAAACCUUCACCAGAAACAUCUAAGAGUGCAGGAAACUCAAAAUCAGCGAAAUCCAAUAACAAGUUAGGGAAACAAGCAAUCAUUCCUCAAUUAGACGGCGGUGAUGAUGAAGUUGGAGCAAAAAGAAGCAAUAAGAAUAAAAAAGGAAUUAAAAUUAAAGGCCCAGUAAAAAAUACAAUUGAUGAAUCUUUCGUUAACCUGAAUAAAGAAGAUUCAGCAGCGAAAGCUCCUUCACCAAGAAAAACCAGAUCAAAAAAGGGAAAAAAUGUCGUCAGUUCAACAAAAAUGUUACCAACCGAUGAAUGUGCUUUAAAUUCACCAAACUCAAAUCAAGCAUCACCUUCAACGAAACUGUUUAAAGCACGUAAGUCAGCAGCACCACGAUUAGAGCGAUUAAAAGUUUCGGAAAAUGAAAACUUUUCUCCACGUAAGACUCGAAGUAAGAGCAAAGAUUUGACACCUGCACCAAGUGCUUCUAAAUCAUCCACAGCUGACGAAAAAUCAAAGGAAAAUGAAACAAAAUCUAAGCAAGACGGGAACAAAUUGCAAGUUUUUUCACCUCGUCGUUUGAGACGUCGCAGUGCUGAUGAAGCUUCGGACACAAAAGAUAAAAAUUCAUCGGAGAAGAAAAAGUCAGAGAAAGUCGUGAAGGAUACUUUGAAAGUCUUUUCUCCAAGACGCUUAAGAAGUCGAAGUAAAAGCAGUGAAGCUUCUUCGACAACAUCAGCAAAUAACAAUAAAAAACCUCAAUUGAAAAACUUACAAAAGCGUGAAGAUAGAAAACGUGAGUCGAAUGAAGAAAUAAAAAUUAAAUCAAAGAAAGCUAAAGUUGCUGUUAAAAGUGGAAAAGUUUCAUCGAAGAAAGCUCAAAAAAGAAAAUCAAACGAUGAAAACGAUACAGAUUUUAGUGAAGAGUCUGCUGCUAGCGCGAAAUAUUUUAAAACUGCUAAAAAGUCGAAGAAAACAUUGGAAAGUAUUGAUCGUCGUGUUUUAUCAUCAGAUUCUGAAGACAAUGCAGCACCUUCAAUAUCAAAUUCAUCACCUUCGAAGAAAUCUAAGGGGAUUGACAUUUGGGUUGAAGUUUAUUCGGAAAAAGAUGAACGAUGGAUAUCAAUUGACGUAUUUAGAGGGAAAGUUGAUUGUCCAAAAGAUAUUAUGAAAACAGCAACACAUCCAAUGACUUACGUCUUUGCAUGGAACAACGAUAACUCUAUCAAAGAUGUUUCUGCACGUUAUUGUCCAAAUUUAAACACAACAAUUAGAAAAAUGCGUGUUGAAGCGAAAUAUCUCAACUCAAUUUUGUAUCAUUUUGCUGGUGGGAAGACAGUUCGAGAUGUCAAGGAGGAUAAUGAACUUAACAAGCUUCAACUUGCUAAGCCGAUGCCAACAUCAAUUGCUGAAUUCAAGAAUCAUCCACUUUAUGCAUUGAAGCGUCAUUUACUCAAAUAUGAAGCACUUUUUCCUGCUGAACCUCCUAUUUUGGGUUACAUAAGAGAGGAAGCCAUUUAUCCUCGUGAUUGCGUUUUCGUUUUGCAUACACGCGAAACAUGGUUGAAGGAAGCACGAGUGGUGAAGUUGAAUGAGAAACCAUACAAGAUGACAAAGACGUUGAAGUGGGAUAAUGUCACUCGAAAAUUAUUGAAAGAUAUUCCACAAGAGUUGUAUGGAGUUUGGCAGACGAAGGAUUAUGAGCCUCCUGUCGCUGAAAAUGGAAUUGUUCCAAGAAAUGCUUAUGGCAAUGUUGAACUGUUUAAGCCAUGCAUGUUACCCAAAGGAACAGUUCAUUUGCAACUUCCUGGUUUGAAUAAAGUCUGCAAAAAGCUUGGCAUUGAUUGUUCACAAGCUAUCGUUGGAUUUGAUAGCAACGGCGGUUGGCCAUUCCCGGUCUACGAUGGUUUCAUAAUUUGCGAAGAAUUUCAAGAAAAAGUUCUCGAUGCUUGGAAUCGUCAUCAGGAAGAACAGGAGCAGAAAGAAAAUGAAAAGUUUGAGAAGCGCAUUUAUGGUAAUUGGAAGAAGUUAAUCAAAGGAUUGUUAAUUCGUCAGCGCUUGAAGAAUAAGUACAACUUUGAAAGCAACAAUUCCCUCAAAUUGCAGAAGAGGCUCGCAGCCUCGGUGAUGAAAUGCGGCAAAAAGAAGGGCUGGUUAGAUCCAAAUGAAAUCAACGAAAUCGGCAAUACUAACUCUCGCCAGAACAUUCGUAAGUUGAUCAAAGACGGUUUGAUCAUCAAGAAGCCUGUUGUUGUGCACUCUCGCUAUCGCGUUCGUAAGAAUACAAUUGCUCGCCGAAAGGGACGUCACUGUGGAUACGGUAAACGUAAGGGUACAGCUAAUGCUCGUAUGCCUGUCAAAUUUCUUUGGAUGACAAGAAUGCGCGUUCUUCGUCGCUUGUUGAAGAAAUAUCGUGAAUCAAAGAAGAUCGACCGUCAUUUGUAUCAUGAUUUGUACAUGAAGGUUAAAGGUAAUGUCUUCAAGAACAAGCGCGUGUUGAUGGAACAUAUCCACAAAAAGAAGGCUGAGAAGGCUCGUACUAAGAUGUUGAACGACCAAGCUGAAGCCCGCAGAAACAGAGUUCGUGAAGCUCGUAAACGUCGUGAAGAACGUAUUGCAACAAAGAAACAAGAACUUCUUUUAUCAUAUGCUAAAGAGGAGGAACAGCAGGCACCAACACCAACUGCUAAAAAAUAAACCGCUUUUGAAAUGGAUAAUUUGAUAUUCCAACCAUUUUAUUCCAUCGAGAAAUGUCCAACAAAAGGAUUUUUGUUCCAAAUGAAAAUAAAUAAAAAAAAAUAAUUGAAAAACGUCAUCAAA